UUAGCUAACUGUGUUGUGUUGACAAGUCAUGGGUGGGAAUUUGGUGUUUUGUGAGGUAAUUGACUAAAAUGCGUUUUAUCUGAACGACAUUCGAUGACUAUUAAGAAAAGUUCAACAAGAUCUGCGUGGAAGAAGAAUUUGUAUGAAAACAAAGGCUAUCCAGACAAUUACACAGAUGCAUCGUUUCUGGAAGAAUUGAAGAAAAAUGUACAUUCUCGAGGUGUGUCGUAUGGAGAGGCGAUCAGAGGGGGUGGACUAGUUGCACGCCAGUUAUGCAUCGUUGUAUGGUUUGCUCUAAUAUUCGUGUACGUCAACAACGAAUGGAUUACACCGGAGAAAGUAUUCGUGUGCAGCAGCAUACUGACAGGAAUAGGUUACCUGCUGUUCAGAGCAGUACAUACGAGUGUAAAUUAUAGCACAGUGUUUUGGGGAGAUUUGCACACAGUUCUAAUAUUUCUUUCCUUUGGCUACGUGCUGUCCCCUAUUCUGAAAACACUUACCGAGACAAUUAGUACAGACACAAUAUAUGCGAUGACUACGAUAAUGAGUUGUGUUCACUUGAUAUUUUUCGAUUAUGGUGUGCCUGCAGCAGUUGUAUCUAGCGCCUUGUCUCUGAAUGCUGCCAUAUUUGGUUCAAUAUGCUUAGCGUCACGACUGCCUUCACCAUUCCAUGCCUUUGUGCUGUUAACAGUUGCAGUUGAAUUAUACGCACUCCUUCCAAUGUUAUUGUCAAAUGUGAGAGGAUCUCUGAUCACUGUAGGUAGCAUGGUCACUGUAACUGUUUAUUUUUUAUUUACUGUGUCAUCAAUUUUGACUUUCCUGUUUAUCUGUUCUGUGAUAUUUAUCACUGCAGUGUGUCCAUUAUGUUUUGUGAAAUGGCAGUGCCACAAGGAUAACAUAUAUGGUCCAUGGGAUGAAGCUGUUGUAAGCGAGAUUGACAUGUGAGGACUAAAUGUUUACUUUUAGAAACUGGGUGCAUCUAAAGCCACUCAGUUAUAUCCAAAUGAAUUGUGUGUAUUGGUUUGCUUUCCACUGUUUGAUUUGACUUUAAUAUUUUGAAUUUUUUUUAUAGUGAUAUGAGGUCUAGCAAAGUGUUAGCUUGCAAGAGAGUGAUGCAUUAGAACCAGAUUGAAUCCACGUGCUGUAUUAACAAACAGUGGUGUAGUUGAAAAAUUGCUCUUCACAGUUGGUUAGCUUGAUGCUUAGCUGGCUCCUAAUCACUUUGUCAUGUACUAAACACAGGAUAUAAACAAUAAAAUUAUUACACAAUGGA